AUGGCAGGGCUUAAUAUUGCGGCAAACUUAAAUACCACGGGCUGGGGCCCAGAUGAGCUGGAUGAACAAACUGUACAAUCGUCUCUUGGAAAUUUAAACAAGAUUCCUCUAGAACCACGAUUGAAACUUGACCGUCAGAUACGUAUAUGUGAUUUCACAUACUUCACAUAUCAGAAGAGUAUACGUGAUGCAGGACGAUACGGUCGUCAGCCUGCUCCUGUCGUUAUCGACGAGGAGAUGCAAUUCCAGACAGUGGAUGGACGUUCGUUGGUUAAGAACAAGAAUAUACAACACUAUCGUCGGAAAGCUGUUCCGAAACAGACAACACAAGCUUUCAAUCAGAAACAGAUGGAGGAAGAGGCAAUGAUAAUGUCAGCCAAACAGAAACAUCCAGAGAUGCGUAAACAACGCAUGAUGCACACUCGGGGCAAUCGCUCGAAUGCACGCCAUCAUACAUUCAACGAAUGGAGCAUUGAACCUCUGCCUACGUGGCAGAUACUUAGUGAGAUUCCUUUCAGCCAGCUAUCGAAGCUCGACCUUCAAGGUGCCAAGGUGACAGGUACCGACGUAAUGUGGCGUGGUAAGCUGGGCAUCUACGAUAAGCGCAUGGACCAAAUUUCGGCGAAAGCAGAGAUGCCGUUGCAAAACCUAAAUGCACAGUAUGACUACUACUGGACCUCCACUAACGAUGACGACUGCAUAAUGGACUACCUACUGGGUAGUCACCGUCAGGAACCACAGGGUUCUGCUGAAGGUUCUGAGACCGGCCAAGAUAAGAUAAUUCUUGGUGCAACAGAUCAAAUUCUUUCGGUUCUUAUGACCGCUGCACGUUCCAAGUACAGCUGGCAUCUCAAUGUGACCAAGGUCGACAACCAAAUCAUUAUAGAUAAGGCAAAUGGCUCUAUCAUAGAUAUGCUUACGGUUAACGAGACAGCACCCGAGCCACCUAUGCCAGAUGCAGAAAUAAAGAUAAACCGCCCACCAGCUCUAGGUUAUGAAGCUGUAAAGGUAAAUCAGCGCAUCAGGCAACAGGUCCUUGUACCUAAUGAGCUGAACGAGGAAUUUGAGCUGCCUCCUUUCGUUGAGGAUGGUGACAACCCUUCCACUGUAGCUUACAGAUACAGGACAUUUGUGGUACCAGGUGAUAAUCACGGCCAUGGCUGGAGUCGUGUGCCGAUCCACGUCAUCACCCGUGGCGAAGUUCACGCGCGCGUGCCUGGCGUUCCUAGCGGAGGCUAUACUUAUGUCUGUGCGUUGAAUGAGUUGCCUCAUAAGACUCAGAAAUCAUGGCGUACGCAAAUUGAAACCCAGAAAGGAGCUCUUUUGGCCAACGAGAUGCGUAACAACACUGCUAAGAUGCAGAGGUUCGCUGCAUGUGCUAUUAUAAGUGGCUGUGAUAUUCUCAAGCUUGCCUAUGUGUCACGGCGUACACCUGGUGAUGCGGAGAACCACUCAAUCAUCGGAAUUCAUACAUACACUACGGAGAAUUUGGCUGUGCAGAUGGGACUCAACAUGCGGAACGCCUGGGCUGUGGUGCGCCACAUAUGCGCUUUGAUAAUGUCUAAGCCUGAUGGUCAGUACAUCCUCGUCAAAGACCCUCUGAAACCUAACAUUCGGUUCUACGCAGCGCCAGAGGAAGAGGAUAUUGAGUUCCCAGUGAAAGAAUGA